UUGAAACUAUAGUAGCUACCAUAAUUGGCUGGCGAAUUAAUGGUAAGCUACUAUAAUUGGCAUUUUCCAUUGCAUAAAAAGAGUAGUAAGCUACUAUAAUAGUAACGUCAUUGAAUCGAUCGAAACAAGCAGGCGCAUGCGCAGAUCGGCGAGCGGGAUGUUUAUUUUUUGUCGACCGUCUGCAGCUGCUACUGUUCUGAGAAACCGAAGUUCAGUGUGGUGCAAUGGCGUCCCCAACUAACAAACAAACAAAGAGGAGAGGAAACUACAGCGAUUGCCAAAUCGAGCAUCUAUGCAGGUUUGUCCAGGGAAAAUGUGCCAUCCUAUUCGGCAAGGCAGGAAACUGCAGCGAACGGGUGCAGGAGAGGAAGAAAAGGGCGUGGGAGGAGGCAGCCAUCACCAUGGCGGCCAUAGGUUGCCCCAACCGGUCGGGCAAGGACUUGAGGUUGUUGUGGAACGACCUCAGGUCAAAGGCCAAAAAAUAUAGAGACAGCCGCAAUAAGACGGGGGGAGGAGCGUUCGACUUCAAUCCAAGGCAUGAGAUGGUGCUGAGUGCGAUGACAAGACAAGUCAAGGAGGGGAUCUUGCCUCAGUCCAGCGAGACUGGAGCUUCACCACUGCCGUUGUCUCAAAAUGCAGGGGCCGUGGAGCUUCUGCAGAGCAUGGGGGAGGAGGCAGGAGCGGUGGAGGAGGAGGUGGAGGGGGAUGAGGUAGAGAUGGUUGAGGAGAGGGAGCCCAGAAGGGGGAAGAUGAAGACAAAAUUUGGUGGAAAAAAAACAGUGAAAAAGUCUAACGGGGUGUCGUACGAAGAGUACCAAGAGCGUCUCCUGCAAGUUGAGCAGGAGAAGCUUGAAGUGAUGAAAAAAAAUCAUGAUUUGUUGAAAAAUAAUCAUGAUUUGAUGAAAAGUAUGCUGACAGUGAUGUCAGAAUACUUUUCAUCAAAUCAUGAUUGUGCAAAAUGAUUUAUUUUUUUUUUCAUUUUUAGAAAAUUUACCGUUAUUUGAUUUGAUUCCAUUGACUUCAAACAUAUCAAGAUUCUCCUGCUCAAUAUUUGGUAAGACGCUUUUGGUAUUCUUCAAACUAUGUACAAUUUCACCUCCCCCUUUCCAUUCUCUCUCUCCUAAACCAUCUCCAUCUCUUUCUCUUCUUCCAAACAUUAUUGGUGCCUUUUUUGAUGCCUCAUGAUCAAUGUCUUCCCAAUUUCACUUUGUAAAUCGCUCAACUUUCAUCUGUGUAAUAUAUGUAGGGUAAGAAAAAUACUCCCCAAAGAAACUUGUAGCCAUGCUAUUCGAUCGCUUGUGCUUAGUAGGUUAGGUUACUUAAACUCCCUAGAUUUAUUAAUGUGAAUAAAACAAAUAUUGAGAGGUUGCAGAGCAUCCAACAUCAUACCGCCAUGAUUGUUUUGAAAGCAAGGAAGCAGGAUAGGGCAACUCCUUUAUUGGAGCAUUUACAUUGGUUGCAUAUUGAGAAGAGAAUUCGUACAAGGUUUCUUUGAUUGUUUAUAAGUGCAUACACAAAUUUCCCUGCUGAAUUCAAACGCUAUUUUCAGGAAUUUCCUCUUCUACCAUAUAGCAGAUAAGCUGAUGUGACAGAGGACCACUCAGCAAACAAUGUAUUUUAGAUUUUGACCAGAAGGUAAUUUGUACAUUUUGCAGACAAAAUCUAAUUUUGUCAUGUGCGGCAUGAAUCUCAAUUAUGUCAGAUUAUUCCUGUCUGUUUAAAGUUGAUAGUGACCUAGAAUCCAAAUGAAAC